GGAGAAACGAUUUGAAACCCCUCUUUAAACGAUGAACGGAAAAAUAGGAAUUAUAUGGGUCCUGCAGAAGGUAAAGUAUGUAAUGUAACCUUUGAGAUCUUUAAAAUCUAAGCCCACGCCUGUAAUUACUCGAUCGGGUUUCACGACGUACAAUAUCACCAGUAUUGAAGGAUGAGACUAUACGCUUUUGCUAGACUCUUGCUGUUGCAGCUUCUCGCGCAGUAUGCGUUUGCUGCGAGCAUACGGAGCAUCUUCUUGUUCAAAGAUGUGAUGAAAUCGAACACCACAGCGUUGAAAACAUCUGGCUUCAAUUCAGUCAUCAUGUUUGGAGUAGGCAUUCUCGGUGACGGUGGCAUUAUGUACUACUCCAACACCCCUGGAAGUAGUGACGUUCUAGUUGCAUCCGGAGGUGCCUACGUUGGUGGCGACGCGCUGGCUGCGAAGGUCCGUUCACUGAAAGAAGGAGACACGGGCAUCAAUCGCAUCGAGAUCUCAAUGAACUCACAACAUGUCCGUGAUUUGAUGUCAAAACCAGGACCGGGCGUCGAUACGCCCUUGUAUCGAAACUUUGCAGCAUUGAAGAAAGCUUGGAGCCUCGAUGCUGUGAACAACGACGACGAAUCUCUCUACGAUGUUGCCAGCACCGUCACUUUCGCAAAGAUGCUUGGAAAUGCUGGAUACAAGUACACCAUUGCGCCAUACACCAACACAAACUUUUGGCGAAGUGUCACGACACAGUUGAAUCAAGGACUGAAGGAGCCCGAUCUUCUGAUGGACAGAGUUUACCUACAAUGCUACGACGGCGGAGCAAACAACAAUCCUGCCAGCUGGCAGAGUACCCUUGGGUUGAAGGUUGUGCCUUUGAUCUGGGUAACAAAUGAUUCCAAGCCUGUCUACGGUACAACUGCAGCGCAGGCGCGGACAAAGUUCACGAACUGGAACAAGGCAGGUGCUUUGGCGGGUGGAGGAUAUUGGAACGAUUACGACAUUGAGAAGAUGGGUCUCUCGUACAAGCAAUAUGGAGAUGUUCUGACUAGCAUUUUCCCAUGAUCAGAGACACUGUUUGUGUAAACAUAUCAAACGAUAUUUCUAUUGUCCACCAUCAUCGAUAUGGCUAGCUCAAAUUUUGCCCUUCAAUUACCAUAUUCCAGAUUGCGUCUUUAUCAAGACCCGAAUUUCCUGAUUCGCAACAUCGUAUAUUGACUUCUUCUUCUUCUUCAUUUGUUAAUUCCUUCAUGGUUUCAACAAACUGAUUUGUUACUAGCCGCCAGCAUUUGCGGUAAAAUUCGCGGUGCACUUGCUUCCAGGCAAGAUCAUAGCCAUCCAUUUCCAAUGAAUCGGAAUUGGAAUUAGUCUCUUCCUCGGAUUCUGAUGACUCGC